UCGUCAAACCCCCCCAAAACCUCAGGCAGAGACUAUGAAAUUUCCAGUCACUAGAAACUGAUAGACGGAGAGAAGAGAAAAGAUAAGAGAAUUCGAUUUCAUUUCCUUGACUUUGUGCUUUUUUUUUUUCAUGGUAUAAAAUAAUAGGAAAUGAAAUCCCUCAGUUGUUGUAAACCUUCUUUUACUUUGAAUUCAAUUCAGCUUAACAAACCCAUUAUUAUUCAUACUCCAUUUUCUCUUUCUUAUCUCUCUUAUCGCAAAAAUGCCUUCAAAAGUAACAAGUUAACUUCCCAAAAUGCCCUAAUAAUCCCUUCUGCUGCUUCCACCUCUAACUCUGUUGUACAACAACAGCAACAAGAAGAAGAAGGAGAAGAAGAGGAUGCUGAGUCAGCUCAGUUAUUUGAGAAAUUGAAGGAGAAAGAGAGGCAAAGAGUGAAUGAGUUAGAAGAAUUAGAGAGGAAGGCGAAUGUGCAAUUAGAGAGGCAGCUUGUUUUAGCAUCAAAUUGGAGCAGGGCGUUGUUGACUAUGCGUGGGAAGUUGAAGGGAACCGAGUGGGAUCCUGUGAACUCUCAUAGGAUUGAUUUCAGUGAUUUUUGGAAGCUUCUUAAUUCAAAUAAUGUUCAGUUUAUGGAGUAUUCGAAUUAUGGCCAGACAGUCUCUGUGAUUCUGCCGUACUACAAGGAUGGAAAUAUGGAAAGAGAAAAAGGAAACUCUAAAAAGGAAAUUAUUUUUCGGCGUCAUGUGGUUGACCGGAUGCCAAUUGAUUGUUGGAAUGAUGUUUGGAAAAAGUUGCAUAAUCAAAUAGUAAAUAUUGAUGUCCUCAAUGUUGAUACUGUUCCUGCAGAAGUCUACUCUACUGUUGCCACUGCAGUCAUUUGGUCUAUGCGUCUUGCUUUAGCUGUUGGAUUAUACGUCUGGAUUGAUAAUAUGAUGAGACCUAUUUAUGCAAAAUUAAUACCUUGUGAUUUGGGAAAGCCUAGCCAAACAACUAGGCAACCACUCAAACGCCGUGCACUUGGCUCACUAGGAAAGAGUCGGGCAAAGUUUAUAUCAGCAGAAGAAACUACUGGUGUUACCUUUAAUGACUUUGCUGGCCAGGAAUAUAUAAAGAGGGAACUGCAGGAGAUUGUACGAAUUCUGAAGAAUGAGGAAGAGUUCCAGGACAAGGGUAUCUAUUGCCCGAAAGGUGUACUUCUCCAUGGGCCUCCAGGAACCGGUAAAACUCUGCUGGCUAAAGCUAUUGCUGGUGAAGCAGGAUUGCCUUUCUUAGCAGCAAAUGGCACAGAUUUCGUAGAGAUGUUUGUAGGUGUGGCAGCAUCUCGUGUCAAGGAUCUUUUUGCCAAUGCCAGAUCAUUUGCUCCUUCCAUCAUCUUUAUUGAUGAAAUCGAUGCUAUUGGCAGCAAACGUGGGGGACCUGAUAUUGGUGGGGGUGGUGCUGAGAGAGAGCAAGGCCUACUUCAGAUACUGACAGAGAUGGAUGGAUUUAAAGAAUUUACGUCUCAGGUGCUAGUUAUAGGUGCAACAAAUAGACUUGACAUUCUUGAUCCUGCCCUCUUAAGAAAGGGUCGUUUUGACAAGAUUAUAAGGGUUGGUUUGCCAUCAAAAGAUGGUAGAUUGGCGAUUUUGAAGGUGCAUGCUAGAAAUAAAUUUUUUCGUUCAGAAGAGGAAAAGCUUGUUUUACUGCAGGAAGUUGCAGAACUGACUGAAGAUUUUACAGGAGCAGAGCUGCAGAACAUACUGAAUGAAGCUGGAAUUUUAACAGCCAGGAAGGAUUUAGACUACAUUGGAAGGGAAGAACUUCUAGAAGCUCUGAAGAGGCAAAAAGGUACUUUUGAAACAGGCCAAGAAGAUAGCACUGAUAUUCCAGAGGAGUUAAAAUUAAGAUUGGCAUACCGAGAAGCAGCUGUUGCUGUUCUUGCAUGCCACUUUCCUGAUCCCUACCACCCUUUUACAGAGACAGACAUAAAUUCUAUCCAUAGCCAGCCAAAUAUGCGCUAUGCAGAAACUGCAGGCAGGGUUUUUGCAAAGAAAUCAGAUUAUGUGGAUGCUAUAGUUCGCGCAUGUGCUCCUAGAGUAAUUGAGGAGGAGAUGUUUGGGCUAAACAAUUUGUGUUGGAUCUCUGCAAAAGCAACAUUAGAAGCUUCAAGGCUUGCAGAGCUUUUGAUUCUGCAGACUGGGAUGACAGCAUUUGGGAAAACAUUUUAUAGAAAUCACAGUGAUCUUGUGCCUAAUCUUGCAGCAAAGCUCGAAGCACUUCGUGAUGAAUACAUGCGUUAUGCAAGUGAAAAAUGUUUAUCUGUUCUGAGAGAAUACUAUUCAGCUGUAGAGACAAUUACAGAUAUUUUACUUGAGAAGGGAGAGAUAAAAGCAGCAGAAAUUUGGGAUAUAUACAAAAGAGCACCACAAAUACCUCAACCUGCUGUGAACCCUAUUGAUGAAUAUGGAGCCCUAAUUUAUGCUGGACGAUGGGGGAUCCACGGGAUUUCACUUCCUGGGAGGGUUACAUUUGCACCUGGAAAUGUUGGUUUUUCAACCUUUGGUGCUCCCCGACCGAUGGAGACCCAAGUUAUUAGUGAUGAAACUUGGAAGCUUAUAGAUGGCAUUUGGGAUAAAAGGGUUGAGGAAAUAAAAGCUGAAGCUUCAAUGGAGAUUGAGGAAGACAAUGAGAAACCACAACUUUUAAUGGCCAGCCAUUUCCUUUGAAGAUGAAUUGUUUUAUGCGUUUCAGUUCAUUUAUCUCGAGUUCCCGUGGUUGAGAAAUGUCUUCAUAUCAGAGAACGCCUUGAAAUUUGAGUUAUCCGCACCACGGGUGAAAAAGAUAGAGGGAGGAGAAAAGCAGACCCGGAGAUGGGUUUAUUUAUUAGAAGUAACUACUGUUGUAAAACCAGAAUUAUCGCAAAGGGACAUCAACAUGGCGAUGUCACAUGAGAUGAAUGUUUGAUAAAAUGACUAAGACUUGCAUUUAUAGAUUAUAACUAGUUCACUUGUCUUU